AGUGAGUGGUCGACAGUAAACGUCAUCAAUAGUAACUCGUAAACUUUCUAUUUCUUCAACAAUAUUUUUAUUUUUACUCUUAAGAAAUCUAUGAACAAAUCGUCCAAAAAUGGUAGAUGAGGGCACAAGGAAGACUUUAAGCAGCAUACCUUUAAUGAAAACGAAAGCGGGACCCAGGGACAAAGAGUUAUGGACGACACGGUUAAAAGAGGAAUAUCAGGCUUUAAUAAAGUAUGUUCAAAACAAUAAAGAGGCAGACAAUGACUGGUUCCGGCUAGAAUCUGAUAAAACUGGCACACGGUGGUUCGGCAAGUGUUGGUACGUCCAUAACCUGCUCAAAUAUGAGUUUGAUUUGGAAUUUGAUAUACCCGUCACUUACCCAACUACAGCACCAGAACUAGCUUUACCUGGAUUAGAUGGCAAGACUGCGAAAAUGUACAGAGGUGGGAAAAUAUGUCUCACGGACCACUUUAAGCCGCUAUGGGCUAGGAAUGUGCCUAGAUUUGGUAUCGCACAUGCGAUGGCUUUGGGUCUUGGUCCGUGGCUCGCUGUAGAAGUUCCAGAAUUAAUUGAAAGGGGUGUCGUGAAGUAUCAAGAGAAAAGCGAAGAAGCGAAAUGAAGUUUUGUAUUAAUUAAAUACUCAAUGUUGUAAAUAUUAUACAUAAUGUAAUUUUGUUUUUGUUAUAUUAUGUUGUUAUACUUAUUUGUAUAUAAUUUUUUUUUUAAGCUUUCUAGAAAUCCCAAUCUGUGUUACGAAAUUUUUCGCAAUGUUGCCUGUUGACGAAUUUUUACAGUUUUAGAAGAACAGGGUUCCAUAAAUUUAACCAAUAACAACUAAAAACAAACUGUUUAUAACCUUUGUUGUUAUUGUUCUCAAAAACAUAUU